UUAAAUUGAUGGUAGUUCUUUUGUUUCGCCACAUUCCAGUGAAGAGGAGGGAAAAAAAAACUCCCCCUUGCUUGGUCACUGGGUUAUAAGAGUUGAAAUUCUGUCACCUUACUCACUGUGAUGUGAUGCAGCUCUUUACAUGAAGGAGCUCAAAGCCCUCGAGGAAACGAUGAGCGUUGGUUUAUCGGUGGGGACAGGAAAACCACGCUGUCUCACCGGGUUUGUUCCAGGCCGCUGACCCAAUAAGAAGCCUUCGUCUCCAACGGUUCUGACUGCCUGACAGAUCAAACCUCCCUCUGCUGCAGUGUAUUCAUUCCCUCCAGAGCCAAGGACAUAAUGUGACACAUCUCAACUCUUAACUGACUGACUGACUGACUAACACCGAGGCCACCAUGCAGGAAUGCCACACUGGGCUGUGUCUGUCUGUCUACAUCAUUACCUUUGUCUUGGGCUUCCCGGCCAAUGUCCUCGCCUUCUACACUUUCUGCAAGAAAGUGAGGCAGAAACCCACACCGAUUGACAUCCUGCUCCUCAAUCUGACCAUCUCUGACCUCCUCUUUCUCCUCUUCCUGCCCUUCAAGAUGCAGGAAGUUAUGAACAACAUGCUCUGGGACAUGCCCUAUGCCCUCUGCCCACUGUCUGGCUUCAUCUUCUACAUGACCAUCUACAACAGCACCUUCUUCCUCACUGCGGUCAGUGUUGAGCGCUACCUGGGUGUGGCUUUCCCCAUCCAGCACUCCCUGAAGCGGCGACCUAUGUAUGCUGUCGCCGCUAGCAUCUUCUUCUGGAUUUUCACCUUCGUCCACCUGAGCAUUGUGUUCAUCAUGCCAUUUAUCGGCCCUGAAAACUCUCCAAAUACCACCUUAAGCCACAAUGACUCAGCUAGCUCUGCUACUGAAGAGAAAAAGAGGGAGGUGUGUUAUGAAAAUUUCACUGAGGCUCAGCUGAAGGUCCUCCUGCCAGUGCGCCUGGAGCUCUGCGUGGUACUUUUCUGCAUCCCUUUCCUGAUUAGCAGUUUCUGCUACAUCAACUUCAUCAGGAUUCUGUCCAAACUGCAGCACAUUGACCGGCGCCGGCGCCUGCGGGCCAUUGGCAUGGCACUGGGAACGCUGCUGGUGUUUGCUUUAUGUUUUGGCCCUUAUAACGUCUCGCACAUUGUCGGUUUUAUUACAUGGAGAAGUCCUGACUGGAGAGACAAAGCCCUGCUCUGCAGCACCUUUAAUGCUUGUCUAGACCCUCUUAUUUUCUACCUCUCCUCCUCCGCUGUAAGAGGGACUGUGGGUAGCAUGAUGGAAGGGGUUAAAAGUCGCCUAAACAGGUGCAUGUCCUGUCACAUGUUCAGGGCCCUGCAGGGGACGAUUAACAAGACUGAAAAAGAUAAGGGGCACAAACAAGAGGAGAUCAAUACUAUCUAAGCUGACUGAAAGGAAGCUGUGAGCAGCUGCCUUCACUAAUUUAUUAUUUCUUCAUCCCUGGAAGCAGGAAAUUAAUGACGUGUUUAUGUUUUUACAAAUAAGACUAUGACAUGGCAUACUGUAUACAGUGCAGUGUGUCCCUGUUUGACUCUCUGAUGAACUUCCUAAUUGGAAACAAGACAAAAUAAGAAAACGUCUGUCUGUCUGAGAAGGCCACAGUUUUUAUGCAGUGUAAUGUGUAAAGCCACAGAGACAGGCUACUUUGACCUGUCAAAGUUAAAUGACAAAAAAUUCUUACAUAACAGCAGGAUUUCACAAGAUCUCCUUUAAUGCGGUUGCAGGUGUUGUCGAGUGCUGCAGCACAGACGCCAACAAAAUGAAUAUCUAAGCAACAGCUUCGGACGUCAUCUCUGAGCAAUAAGAGAUAAAGCUUUCCUUCCAACAUGCUUGUUGUCAGAUACUGUGGAAAAAAAAUCGAACUGUGAAGUGUGAGAUAUGAAAGAAGAUUCAAGCAUGUUGAAGAAGAUCUUGUGUUUGUACAACUUUACAAAAACAUAGUUUGCAGCUAAUAUACAGUUUGCUUUUUAUGUGAACAUAUAUUUGUAUAUUUGUGUAUUUUGCUUUUCUUAUGCAGAUUUUAGUUUACACAAUUUUAUAUUUAUACUAGCAUUUGAUUAGAAAAAAUAUUAUUGUCAUAUGAUAUACCCAGUCAUAUUUACACCAUAUUAGGCAGUAUACAUGUAAGAAUAUAUGUAUGAAUGCAUGUAAGUUAUGCUUGAAAGCUGUAUAACAGGGGCUGUAGUAAUAUAAUACAAAACGUAAAAACAAUAUUUUCAUAAACAAAUUAUAUAAACAUAUAUUUUACAUAAUUUAUGACAGUUAGGCAAACUUAUUAGGUGAUUCUGUUUGUGUAUGUAUAUUUAUGUGAGCAUAGAUGACAGCAGAGGAAAGAAAGUGAACCCCAGAUAUACUAUUUUCAUAAACAAAUCAUACAUUUACGUCAUUUAUGACCAAAAGAUUGUUUUGUAUGGGCAGCAGUCAGGUUCAAGGUGAUUAUGUUUGUUUGUGUGUGUGUGCAUGAAAGAGGAGAGAUAAGGACUAAUUUGUUUUUUUAAGGGAGUGACGAACAUGAACGUAAAUAUCCACCAUAUCCACCAGAUCAAGGUCAUGUUAUUAUAUGAAAUGCAUACCUCUUUUAUAUAUAUAAUGACAUUCAUAAAAGUAGUUUUAAAUAAAAAUAAGGAUUAAGUGUGAGCAAUA